AUGCCCGUGACUUCGGCUGCCAAACUCGCCUCUCACAUAUGGAGGGGCGCAGCACAGUCAGCGGCCAACGCCGCCCAUAAUUCCGCCAACUCAUUCCGUGGUGCCUUCCAAGGUGCUACCAACGGUUCCGCCUCUUCCACAGGCUCGUCAGCCUCCGGUUGGGCCUCCGGUCUCAGCAGCGGCGGCUCUUCGGCUGGAGCUGGUGCAGGCGGUGCAAAGUUCCAUGCCGGCCGCGGCGCUCACUUUUCCUAUCAGCACACGGGUCGAGCUCUCUCCCAGGCUUCCUCUACCUCCAACUCUGACUCCAGCAACAAGAGCAACGACGAUGACGACGAGGCUCGUAGGCAAAAGGCCUACAAGCUCCGCCUUGACGGUCAGCAUCACAGCGAACGAUCCGCGCUCGCAGCUUCCGGUCACCUCGCCGACUCGCAUCUUCAGGUGCGCUUCCGACGUGCCUUUGCCGCCAAACAUGGCCCUCUUCUCGUCACCGCUUCAGAUCACUCGCAGAGCGCACAGGCUGGUGAGGCUUCCCCGCACACGCAUCGGUCUGCUUCCACCUUGAGUGUUACAUCCGACGAUACCCCAGUCGACCUAGAGACACAGUCAAUCUCCACCCACAGCGGCUCCAAUGCCCACGAGCGCGUCUACCACGACCUCCGUCAGGCCGUCUCGAGGAAGGAUGCCUACCAGGUCCGUCUCAGCGUCGACGCCUUCAAGGCCUUACCCAAGGAGCAGAGGACCAUCGCUGGCUUCAACAUGGUCAUGGAGUCGCUUCUCGCCAUUCGUCGCUCCGGCCAGAGCGUCACAGAAAUCACCGACACCUACAACGAAAUGAUUCAGGCCGGCCUCUCUCCCAACAGUCGCACGUACACCGUUCUCGUUAAGGCGCUCUGUGCGCGUGAUGCCGAGACCGCCGUUGCCCCGUCUCAGCCUUCCUCCGCCUCUGCCGAUGCCCCUGCCGCCAUCGACGACGCUGCUGCAGCCGCAACGACCGACGACAGCUUUGCGCAGGCACUCCAGCUCAUGAGUGUGUGCCACAGCAGUCGGCUCCAGUUCGACGAUCAGAAGGCUUACAAUGCUGUCCUCUCCAGCUGCGCCAUCCGCGGCGAUGUCGAUCGUGCCUUGAGCGUGCUCGAUCUGCUCGAACGCAACGCGUUCGCCAACACCGACGCCCACACGUUCAAGCACCUCAUCCGCACCUUCGUACAAGAUCCGCAGCUCAAGCCAGACGAGACACAGCAGGCGCAGGAGUCGCGCAAACUAGCAGCUUGCAAGCAGGUGUUCGACGAGUUCUUGCUCGCCAGCCAGAAACCCGAUUGGAGGCACAAGGACAACAGCUUCGUUUGGACUUCGCUCAUCGAGGCUCACUUUGCGCUCAACGACCCUGCGGGCGCAGUCAAACUCUUCGAAACGAUGCUUCAGGGCGGCGACAACGUCCCUGCACUCCAUUAUGCUGUCAUCUCGUCCAUCAUCACUGGCUUCCUCGAUCUCGGAGACACCGCCACUGCGCUCCACUGGUUCGUCAAGGUCACCUCCAUGCAGGUUCAGAACGCUACUGCCGAGUCUUUGUCGUCCGAUUCGCGACCCAUGCCUAGCAUCAGAACGAUCGAGUAUCUCAUGCUCAAGCUCGCAGAAUCCGGCGACGACUUCCUCGAGCCGCUUCAGCGCGUCUUCCAUGUCUAUCUGCAGCGUUCAGUCGAGCUCUACCGCUACGCCGAGCUCGACGCCUUCACUCCACUCGUCUCCGCCAAUAUCGCAAGUGCCCAACGUCUCAUCAAAGAUGGCUCAGUGCAAGAAGCCAACGCAGCGCUUGAUCGCGCAUUGGACGCCGCUGCCGCCUUUUUCUCGCAUGAGGCAGUGUUCCUCGCUCGCAUUACUCCGGAUAACUCGGGUCUCAAGAUGAAUGCCGCUGUAUCAUCUCUGCUUGGACUCACCAAUGGCCUUCUGGAUGCCGACCGCAUCGUCGACGCAGGUAGCACUCUCACCUACGCACGUAUCUUCCUCGACAAACUUGAUCUGACUGCGGAUUCUUCACGCGACCUGGCCGCGCAGAUCUCGCACCUCGCCACUCGUUUCAUGACUGCCUCCGCUCCCGCCGAUCAAGCCUCCAUCCGCCUCUUUGCAAGCGCCGAAUACGUCGCACCUGUGCUUCGCGAAGCCGAUAUGCUCGACGAGAACGUCGCCGCUUCCCUCGCCAGCUUGUACCGAAGCGUGCGUGCACAGUCGCCCGAAGCUUUGCUCGACUUGCCGCUUUCCGCUGAUGCUUGGACCGUGAUCUUGGAAGCCUUUUGCUUUGAAGAGCUCAACGUUCGACAGCUCAACCUCGACGCUUUCCAGGCGGAUGGUGUCCCCGUCGUCCUGCACGAUCUCGCCAGUUUGCCCGUUGCUGACGCAGAAAGCACCGGAGCAAGCGAUGUUCGAGCAUCCAUCGACACCAGCAAGGCAGCCGAAGUCACUGUCUCUCGGUACGGACAGGAGGCGCUCUCAUUGCUGCCCGAGUGGGCCACGCGAAACGUCGCGACGGAGCAGGCAGCUCAAGACGCCGCUGCUGCGCCGGAAGAGGCCAGCAGCCAGGCCGGUUCGGAGUCUCAACUCAGCGCAUCAACACCCGCCACCACGCCUCCUCAGCAGCACACACCUCUUCACCGCCAGGAUCUGCCCGCACCGACACUCUCUACUACUGCCACUAGAACUCCAUCUGCCUUUUCCUUCCCUCCGGUCCAGGUCGUUGACACUGAUUUCGGACACAAACUGCUCCAGCUUGCGCGUCCUUCGGGACAGGAGGACGCUCCUCGCGUCUACCGAGAGGUGAGACAGCAGAUCAAGGUCGGCAAUUUCGCCCACCCUGAAGGCCUUGCCGUCUUGAUAGGUGCUUUCGGCCGUCUCGGCAAUCUCGAUCGUGUCGAAGAGCUCUACGCGAUGGCCCAGCACGUUCUGCACGCCCUGGUAGGAGAUCCGGAUUGGCAGACCAGAGCCUGGUUCGUCAUCGAGGACAGCAUGAUCCAGGCACUCAGCCACGCCGGUCGACCAGAAGCGGCCACCACACACCGACACCGCAUCAUCACCGCCGGGGGCACGCCGACUCCGACUUCGUACGCCGCCCUGAUCGCCACGAUCCGCGACACCACCGACGACGCCGCCAUCGCCCAGGAGCUGUUCGACGAAUCGCAGCGCUUCGGUGUGCGCCCCACUGCGUACCUCUUCAACACGGUUAUUUCGAAGCUGUCGCGCGCGCGAAAGGCCGAUCGAGCGCUGCAGCUCUUUGACGAAAUGGUGCUCAAUUUCCGCAUCAAGCCCACCAGCGUUACCUAUGGAGCUGUGAUCAACGCCUGCACCCGUAUCGGCGACGAGCAGCGCGCAGUUCAGAUGUUCGAACGCAUGGAGCGCGACCCAGCCUUCAAGCCGCGUGUGCCACCGUACAACACCAUGAUGCAGUUCUUCGUUCAGAGCGUUCCCGAUCGUCAGAAGGCUCUCGUCUACUACAACAAGAUGCUGGCCGCCGGCGUCGAGCCCAGCGCGCACACCUACAAGUUGCUGCUCGACAUGUUUGGCGCCAUCGAGCCGGUCGACGCACGCGAAAUGGAGCGUGUGUUUGCCGAGCUGGCCGACGCGCGAUCCGUGGCCGUGCAGAGCACGCAUUGGGCGUCGCUGAUCAACUGCUACGGAUGCAUGCUCAACGACCUCGACCGCGCCAUUGCUACUUUUGACUCGAUCGCCUCGCACCCUUCGUCGCAAAGGCGAAAGGAUGGUGCCCGUAUGCCGGAUGCGGUUGCUUUCGAAGCGCUCCUGGCGGUGUUUGUGGCUCACAACAGGACCGAUCUGAUCCGUGCGCACUUCGACAAGAUGAAGCAGGCUGGAUUGCAAAUGACCGCGUACGUUGCCAAUUUGCUGAUUCGAGGUUUCUCGAUGGAGCAAGGCGACGCUGGACUCAACGAAGCCCGCGCGCUGUUUGAGAGCAUGAGCGAGCCGGCUGCUGGUGUAGCUGCUGCCGGCAAUCAUCCGCCACGCGCUCAUGGAGCCGGUGCCCCUGCUCCCGCCGACGCACCUAAUGUGUCGACCUCGCUGGCUUCUGACGAUGUUCUCGCUACGGUGUCGCACAACUCGGGCAAUCCGUUCGGAUCGGUGCAACGCGAGCCAUCGACGUACGAAGCGAUGAUCCGCGCCGAGCUGAGCCACGGCCACGCUGGUCGUGCGACUGCCCUGGUCGACCGCAUGGAGGCACGAGCUUUCCCGCCUGCGCUCAUCGUGCGCGCUCGUUCGAUUGUUUCGGAUUACGUUGCUUCGAGUGCCAUUCCCAGGUCGGACUCGGCAAGCGCUGAAGGUUCCACAGCCGUCGAUUCCAGCGCUCCAGCAGUGCGCCUGACGUUUGGCCAGACGUCUCCGCGGCUGAGGCCAAGCAGUUUGCAGAGGGGUCCGUUUGUGGACGCUGCCGCCUCCAACAGCGGUGCCGGUGCCAUGUCGAUGCGUCACGCUUCGACCAUGGCGGGGAGCGGUGCAGCUGCGCCAGCGCCUGGACCGCCCAAGCCCAACAGCCCUUUCACGAUCUUUGACCGCGCGACCAAGACGAUGCAGAAGGACCGAGCGGCGCUGAAGCCUUCGGUCUCGCAGAACGAGGCAGGGCACGCGUUCGACGGCGAAACGACGCGCGGGGAAGCGUCGCGACAGACGGACUACGUUCGUCGUGCCAUUGCGGAGUCGCUGGCUGACCGUGUGCAGGACAUCAAGCGCGACUUGACGACCAUCGUGGAGUUGGGAGCGGGACCUGGAUUCCUGCGUCACUAUCUGGAUCCUUCGACGUGCAGCACCAAGAAGAUCGUCAUGUGCGAUACGAGCGAGGCGUUGCUGAACCGGGAUCGACACUUGGACUCACAGUCCGGAUUCGAGGUGGAACGACGUGUGGUGGAUGAAGAGAUGCUGCCGUUCGAAGAGGGAUCGCUGGACUGCGUGGUGUUCAGCGGUGGGUUGCAUUGGACGAACGAUCUGCCGGGCGUGCUGAUUCAGAUUCGACGUGCGCUCAAGCCGGACGGUGUGUUCAUCGGAGCGCUGUGCGGUGGCGAUACGCUGUUCGAGUUGAGGACGAGUCUGCAGCUGGCGGAGCAGGAGAGGGAAGGCGGGAUUUCGCCGAGGGUGUCGCCGAUGGCGGAUACGAGGGAUAUGGCGUCGUUGCUGUCGCGUGCGGGUUUUACGAUCCCGACGGUAGAUGUGGAUGAGGUGUCGGUGGGCUACCCGAGCAUGUACGAGCUGAUGCAUGAUUUGAGGGAUAUGGGCGAGAGUAAUGCGGUGAUCAACAGGAGGGGGAUGAUGCGCAGGGAUACGAUGUUGAGCGCUGGUGCAAUUUACGAGGCGCUGCACGGUCAGGAGGGGGAAGGAGUGCCAGCGACGUUCCAGUUGAUCUUUUUGAUCGGAUGGAGUCCUGCACCCAGCCAGCCGAAGCCGUUGAAGCGAGGGAGCGCACAGUCGAGCUUGAAGGACGUGCUGGCGGGCCAGGGGGGAGAUGGGCAGCAGCAGGUGGAGGACAAGCAGAGACAGGAGUGGAUGAAGUCGAUGGAGGAGUCUGACGACAAGAAGAACCAGAAUUAA